CCUGGGUACUGAAAAUCAAAAAAUGGAUGGCCAAAGAAAUGAGGAAUAUUUUAGGCCUCUAUAUUUGGGUAAUGUCCUGGAAUUGAAAAAACUGUUUCGAAAAAGCCCCCUGAGAUCAAUACCACUUUGUCAGAAUCCAGACUUGCCACAGACUUUCAGCAGGCUUUUAUGAAACUUCUACAGGAUGCUGAAUUUGAAGAGCUCUCAGCUCAGGAUUUGAUGUUGACGUAUGCACUAAACAAUGAUUAUCUCUUGACAUUGCCAAUAUAUGUUGACUGGAAGAAAGCAUCUAAAUCUAAUGCAAUAAUCUUCAGACGUGGAUACGCCACUGAAAGGCAAAAAGGUUUGCUUCUUGUUGAGAAACUAGAUUUUCUGCAAUCAAAACUUCUGCAAGGUAUCUUCUUCAGUUUGUCAAGGCCAUUGAAAAAGAUUGGAGGUUGGAUAAAUGAGGCACUAAAAAGCUCUAGUGAAGCGGCUGAUAUGCAAAUCUGGAUUGACAAAGUGAAGCUUUGGCUUAAAGAGCGGUAUUCACUAGAGAGAACUCAGUUCAUGGUUGAAAGUAGGUCCAAAAAUCAACUGAAUUCCGAGCAGAUAGGAGAUGGUAAGCUUCCUAUAUGGCUUGCUGCACAAAGGGCAGUGGCCCGCUAUGAAGGAUUUUUGUCAUCUGUUGGACCUCGUGGGAGACUCAUAAGGAAAUUGCUUACAUGGAUGGAAAUUAUUCCUUCAAUGCCAGAGGCAUCACUUGAUCUAAAAAAGGAAACAAGCUAUUCAGAAGCAUAUCUUAGGCAAACUUUCUUGCCAAGAAUAACGCUUAGCAACAUUUGGGAACCAGCUUCAAGAGAAUCAUGUGGCGGAAAUGUUUGGAAAAUGUUCCAAAAUGCUGUUUCUAUUCUCUUUUCCAAGUCAAUCCUUCAAGAGCCUGCUUUUCAAGAACUGAUCCUUCUUUAUACUGAAGAAACAAGUCAAAAUGAAUACAACGGGCAACUAGAGGGUCUGCCGUUGCAAAUGAAGAUAUAUGAGAGAAUACCUAUUCCAGAGCUGCAGGUCAUUUUUCCUCACAAAAAGUUGUCUUUCAGGAUCCUAGAUACAGUGCGGUUGGAUAUUGCAAGCUUAUUGGGUUUACUUGCAUUCUUUGUUAACUACAAAUUUGAGAACAUUCUCUCAUCUCCAUCUGCUAUUCUUCUUGAUGUGAUUGCUACAAGUGCCCUUCUAAUUUAUGUUACUCGUGUGGCAUUGGGUUACAAACAAACUUGGGAUCGCUACCAACUUUUGGUCAACAGGACUCUUUAUGAAAAAACUUUAGCAAGUGGUUUCGGAUCAGUAUACUUUCUUUUAGAUGCUUCCCAACAGCAACAGUAUAAAGAAGCGAUUUUGGUUUAUGCAGUUUUACUCCAUUCUAAGAGCAAUCAGGUAUCCUGCGCUAAAGGUGUGAAAGACGAAUGUGAGAAAUUUUUGUAUGCUAAAUUCAAGGAAAAGAUUGAAAUGCCUAUUGAUAAGGCAUUGGAUACAGUGAUGCGAUUAGGCCUUGUGAUGGAAUUCUCAGAACAAGGGAAGAUUAAACUAAAGGCCAUACCAUGUUCCAUAGCAUAUGAUAAUCUCAGGAAACAUUGGGAUCACUUGCUAGAGCAAACAUGAAUCCGCGUUGAAAUAUUUAGCCUCAAUUGGAUUAGAUCAGAAUGUUGGUUUGCAUAAUAGAGGAGAUGGUGCUAUUCUUAUGAAGGAUUUCUCCAGAGGCCUACAUUGAGCCCUUUGUGAGUAUAUUUCCUGUUUUACCUGUUUGAAUAACUUCUUGUUUUAAAUAGACUGCAAGGUAUAAAUUGAAGUUUUUUUAAAAUAAAAUUUUAUAAAUACCUGUUUAUAUAUUUUCCAUGGUUCCAUGCCAAGUUAUAAUAAAACAUAAGGCAUCUGAUGAUGGGUGAAACUAAUGUUCAUUUAUGUGGUUCAUUUUCCUUUUUUUUAAA